AUGCGACUACGACUUGGGGAAGGAGAUGCUAUAGCAAUACAAGCUUACUUUUCAAAAAUUCAAACAAUGUGUCCCGAUUUCUACUUCAAUAUAGAUUUGGAUGAGGAAUGCCGGGUGAAGAAUGUAUUUUGGACUGAUAACAGGUGUAGGCAAACAUAUAAAGAGUUCGGAGAUGUUGUAACAUUUGAUACAACAUACUUAACUAAUAAGUACGAGAUGCCUUUUGCCCCUUUUGUUGGUGUGAACCACCAUGGACAGUCAACCUUACUCGGUUGCGGUCUAUUGUCGAAUGAGGAUACAACAACAUUUGUUUGGCUUUUUAGGACGUGGCUUGAAUGUAUGCAUGGUCAGGCUCCCAAUGGAAUAAUUACCGAUCAGGACAGGGCAAUGCAAGCAGCAAUUGAGAUUGUUUUUCCCAAUACAAAGCAUAGAUGGUGUUUAUGGCAUAUACUAAAAAAGUUGUCAGAAAAGUUUGGGAGUCAUCCAUGUAAGGGAUUGAUACUUUCGACAGUACAUGGUCUAGUGUACAACUCACAACAUCAAGAAGACUUUGAGCAUGGUUGGACUACGAUGGUUGAUCAAUUUGAUUUGCAUGAGAACAAUUGGUUGUCUAGACUAUUUGAAAACAGAAGCCGUUGGAUUCCAUGCUUCUUGAAAACUACUUUUUGGGCAGGGAUGUCAACAACUCAACGUAGUGAGAGUAUUAACGCAUUUUUUGAUGGGUAUGUUCAUUCCAAAACUUCUCUUAAGCAAUUUGUUGAACAAUAUGAGCAGGCACUCUGGUGUAAGGUUGAAAAAGAGUUUCAAGCUGAUUUUAAGUCAUUCUCGCAAAUGGUCCCAUGUGCUACUAAGUAUGCAAUUGAAAAGCAAUUUCAAGAAGUGUAUACAAUAUCAAAAUUUAGGGAAUUUCAAGAGGAAUUUACUGGGAAGGUUUACUGUGAAGUUGUAUCUUCUACUAUGGGUGGUUCGGUGCCAAGGUACGAUGUGCGAGAAGAUGUUAUGCUUGACGGAGGAGUUAGGAAAAAAAUGUUCACAGUUUUAUUUCAAAGAGAAACUACUGAAUUUGUUUGUAGUUGUCAUCUCUAUGAGUUCAGGGGAAUAGUGUGCAGGCAUGCGAUAUCAAUUUUACUCCGUAAUGAUGUCACUAUACUUCCCGAGAGGUAUAUCCUUAGGAGGUGGAUGAGAGAUGUAAGUAGACGACGCACAAGAGUAGCAGUUAAUUACGAUGGUUGGAUGAACACUCCUGCUCAAGUAAGAUUUGACAAAAUGUGCAAUGCCUUUACUAAUGUAGCAGACUUGGUGGCUGAUGAUGAAAACCAAGUUUGUGGGAUCAUGGAGUGGAUUGAAUCUAAAACAGCUUAA